GCGCCGAGGAAAGAGAGAUUGAAUCGAAACUGAAAGCUAAAGGAGACUGAUUUAAAUACCGACGCGGAUCUAUAAAACCUUGGGUCUAGACCGAGCAUAGAAGGUAGAAGACAACUCUCUGACAGCAUCUGAACUGUAUUACAAACCUUUCUGACUGAAGCAAAAUGCCUGUCGUCGAUAGUGAAAUGGAGAGAAAGAUCUGUGACUUCUUGAGGCGAAAUGGCAAAAGCACCGCUUUGGUAAUUGCUAAAGAAAUCGGAACAGAUAAACGCACUGUGAACAAACAUCUGUACAACCUAGAGAGAUCAAAACAGGUGUUCAAAACUGACAAACAGCCUCCUGUUUGGGACCUUUUGGAGAAUAAGACUGAGAUCAAACAGACAGUCAAACCAGAGCAAAAAUCUCGGACGACAAGAGACACGAGUGAAGAGAAAGAUGUUGAGGAUCUGCUGAUGAGGUCAGGAGGUUUAAAAGCCCAUCAGAUCGCCACAGACCUGGGACAGUCAAGACAAACCAUUAACAAACAGCUGUACAGUAUGGAGGAGAAGGGAAAAGUUAAGAGGUGUAGCAAAAGCAAGUUGUGGUCUCUGAAUGAGGAGUGGAGCGAUGAUAGUUUCAGCCAAGAGAGUUCCAGUUCCUGUCCCAGUGAUCAUGGAUUAGACUCAAUUUCAGGAUUGCAGAAUUUUAAAGUGAUUGCAGAACUUGGUGAAGGAGGCUUUGGCUGUGUUUAUAAAGUAAAACAUAUAUAUGAUCGCAAGAUCUACGCUGUAAAGAGGGUCAACUUUACCAGGAGAGCUGAUUCUGAGGUGAUGACAUUGGCCCGACUAGAGCACCCAAACAUAGUGCGUUACAUCACAUGCUGGACAGAUUCUGAAGACUGGACGUCAAACCAAGAAAAAAAACAAGUGUCCAAGUAA